GUCAUCAUCGUCAACAGGAAACGGGAAAGCGUCCUUGGAGAUGCCGUUUGUGCUGUAACUUUCGCAUCUUUCGAUGUUGUGUUCAUGCAAUGCGCGUGUCAAUCAACUGACAGUCAGUCGACACUGACACGGAGAUCGAUGGUUGACUGGUUGAGAGUUCUGUGUCACCAUGACUGCCGCUGCUCUUAUUGGGGACCAGUUGAUCCUUGAAGAGGACUAUGAUGAGAACUAUAUACCAUCAGAACAAGAGAUCCAAGAGUAUGCAAGAGAGAUUGGCAUUGAUCCGAACAAAGAGCCAGAGCUCCUGUGGCUGGCCAGGGAGGGCAUUGUUGCCCCUUUGCCUGCUGAGUGGAAACCUUGUCAAGAUGUGACAGGAGACAUCUACUAUUUCAACUUCUCUUCGGGGCAGUCCACCUGGGAUCACCCUUGUGAUGAGCACUACCGCAACCUGGUGAUCCAAGAGCGUGAACGUGCUGAAGUCGCAGCUGCUGGAGGAGCCACGGGAGCAAAAAAGGACAAGGACAAGAAGAAGAAAAAAGAAAAGAAGGAGAAGAAAGAGAAAAAGAACAAGGAGCCACUUAAGAUUGCUGGUGCCCUGUCUUCAGCGCUAGGUCCCUUCCCAUCCACACUGGGCAGCCUAGCUCCUCUAAGAGGUCUGGAUGCCCCUGGCUCACUGCCUGGGUCUGUUCCUCCUCUCCGGGGGUCCCUUGGCAGCUCUGGAGGGCUGGACCCCCUCAAGACAACUUUUGGGGCCCCCAGGAGUAGUGGGGCAUCUAGUGUUUUGGGUGGUAGGCAAGAGGAGAGGGUGUCCCUUAGUCUGCCUGGGUUUGAAGAUGAUGAUGAAAAUGAUGAAGGCAAAAUAUCAAAAAACGAGCUAAGUCCUCGUGGUUCAGACAGACUUUUAAAGAAUCUCCAUCUGGACUUGGAUGCCCUCGGAGGAGGCCUGCAAUAUGAGGACAGUGAGGCCAGUGCUACAGCUCCACCCGAGGAGAGGACUGACCCAGAGUUGCAGGACUUGGCACCAUCUGGAAAUCGCACUCCUGAACCAGAGUCCCAGCAGCUGCUGUGCUGUUGGGACCUUUCCUAUGGACGUGGCUGUUACUGCGUCUUCCUCUUUGUCCUGUUGUCUUCCUACUGUCACUGUUACUGUUUUGCAGACUCUUUGAGGGAACGUAAUCUCCAUCUGUCACUGCUGGUGAGCAGCAGUAAAGAUAUGAGGGAGGAGGGGGUUGGUGCUGUCACCUCUGAAGCUGAACCUGCCUCUGAACACUCAGACAAGGGGGAGGCAGAGAGCUUGAAUGAAGUACAACAGGAGACGGCUGGAGUGCUGGAAGAUGAGGAUGCUAAGGGAGAAAAACGAGGGCCAGACGAAGAAGAGGGGGAAGGAGAGCUAACACAUGAGCAGGAGGAUAGAGAGGAUACAGAUGAGAAAAGUAAACAAGAGGGGCAUAACAUAGAAAAAGAGCAGAUAGCAAGUAAAAUAGCUGUAGGCAGUGAGCAAGAUGAAGGGAAAGAUGAUGGAGUUACUGAAAACAUUAAAAACAGUGAGAGUGAGGAGAGCAGUGAAGGAGAGGAAAAUGACAGCAGUGAUAAGGUAGAGGUGGGUGGUGAAAGGCAGGAUGAUGAGGCAGACGACAGAGCAGAGAGUGUGGAGAGUUUAGCGGAGGAGAUAGAGGAGGAGGAGGACCAGCUACCAGCAGAAGACUUAGAGCAGUACAGUGAUGGAGGUGUGGAGAAAUCCUUUAAAUGGGAUAUGGAGGAGGAGGGUGAAGAUGACAAAGAGAGGGAUGAAUCUGAAAUAAGUACAAAUGCUAAAGAAAAACUAAAUGAAAGUAAGGAGGAAGAGCACAAGAAGGAAAACGAGGAGGAGGAUGAAAGCGAAGAUGCUUUGGAGAGAUGUUCUCUGAGCCACAGGAACCUGGAGGAGAGUGAGGAGGAGGUGUUAGAGAGAUGUAUGGAGAGUGAAGCAGGAGAUGCAGGGAGGGAUUUCACAGAGGGAGAGCACGAUUUAAACCCCCAAAGGCCUCAAGCAGCAGCGAGUGAGGAGGAGGUUGUGGAGAUGUUUGAGAUGGAAGCGGUUCGUGUCCAGCCCACCGAGCUAGGCCAGAAGAUGAUGCUGAGUGACCACGAACCGCUUGACCACAGGCAAAACACUCUUUCUGACGAGGAGGAGAAUGUGAGAAAAAAGUGCCCCCUUCCUGCAGAGGAAUCUGAGGCCAGUAAAAACACUGUUGAAGCUUCGACCUCCAUAGAUGUCAAGCUGUCAGAGAAAGCUCAGAGCAUCCAAGACCUGUCUGGCACAAUCAGUCCACUGCAGAAAAAUGACAGAGAGGGAAAAAAUGAUGAUGAGGUGCAAAAGACAAAGACGGCAGAAACUCCCAAAAGGAUUAUAAUGGCUGAAGACGAAGGCAAGCUUCCAUUCCAUAAAGUCGACCGGCUCAUCCUACAUCAAUCUAGACUGUCACCUUCUCUCUCCAGCCCCUCCAACUCAGAGGGAGGUGACGAACUCAAGGCAAAAGCCAAAGGUUUCGGUAUUUCUUUGGGACUCAAGAGACCAGAAACUUCCAGAGGUCGCUUGGUCCGCACUCCCAACACCCAGCUUGAUGAUCCUGAACUUCCCCUAAUUCACCAAGACGACUCGCUCGAAAACAAGUCACACUGGAGAAUCAGUAGAGACAGGGGGACAAAGGAGGAAGAGAGGGAGGAAGAGGAGUGGAAGAGGACAGAGAAGGAACAGAGAAAUCUAAGUGUGAGAGAGGAGAAGGAGAGAGAGACGACGAAGGCCGAUCGAGAGAUAGAAGAGGAGAGGGAGGAAAUGGUGAGACAGAAAGAGAAGAGGAUCUGUCUCCUCCAGAGGGAGCUGAAGAGAGAGGAAGAAGAAGAGGAGAGGAAGUUAAAGGAGGAGAGCCAGGAAAGACUGAGGACUCUGCGCCAACAUAUUCUGUCCACAAUGAAAGAGGAGGAGGCCAGGCUCAACGAGGAGUCUGAAAGGACUCGGGAGGAGCUCAGAAAGUCUGUUCAGAGAGAGAAUGAGAAGCAGCAGCAGAGGCUCAGGGAGGAGAGUGAAGCCAAGCUGAAGCUGCUACGUCUCACUUUGGAAGAAGAACGAGCAGCAGAGCAGGAGAGGCUGGAAGCCCAGAGGAGGCAGAACAUUGAACGUCUGAAGGCAGAGUUUGAAGAGGAGCUGCAGGCAGAGAAGAGGAGACUCCAGGAUGAGAGGGAGGAGAAGCUGAGCUCUCUGAAACACGAGGUUAAAAUCACAGAGAGCAGAAAGGAGCUGAUUAUGAGUCCACGACCUGAACAGCACCUGGCAGAGUAUCACAGAGAGCUUGCUGAUGUCCUCCAAGAAGUGCGCGAGGAAGUGCAGCGGGAUCACGAGAGGAAGCUGGAGCAGCUACGGGAAGAGCACAGGAGAGAAAUGAACACCAUCAGGGAGAAAUACCUGGAUGAGGAGACUGCUCAAAGGGAGCGCUUCCUGUCCACACUGCAGGAGGACAGAGAGCGCCUUCAGGCCUCGCAUGCUGUGCAACUGGAGAAACUCCGUCUGCAGCUCGACACACAGAUACAAAAGUCACACCUGGCACAGUCACGCAAGGAGGCAGAACUGCAGGAUUUGACAGAUCAGUUGGAGCUGAGAGCAAAAGAGCUGAAGAGUCAAGAGGCCAUGCUGCAGAACAAGGCAGCAGAUCUUAGAAGAAGAAGGAAGAAGCUUGGGGAGGAGGAGGAAGAAGUGGACAGGCAGACUGAGGCUUUUCCCCGGCUCAUCCAGGAGAGGGACGAACUGAAAGUGGAACUGGAGAGGAUGAGAGAAGAGAAACAUCAAGCACGAGUACUCAUUCAGAAAGCCAGGGAGGAGAAGAGCAAGGCCAGGGAGGAGGAGGAGAGACUGAGAGAAGAGAAAGAUAAAGCCAAGGAAGAAAGCAGGAGAGCCAAACAGGACAGGGAGCAACUGGAGAGCAGAGUGGUGCUGCUGCAAGAGAGAUGUGACCGUCUCAGCCGCAGAGUCAUUGAACUGGAACAAGAUGAAGGAGCAAGUGCCUCCUCCAGGCAAGAACCCAAACAGAGCCAAAAGGAGGCAGAAAAAGCCAAAGCAACAGUGCCCCCCAGUGACAGAAUAGACUCAUCGCUACAUGUAGAAGACCUGGAUGAGCCACCGGUCUCCCCUCCACCCAACAGCCACAGCAGCAUGGACGAAUUUCGACGCUACAUCUCUUCACAUGGCGCCUCCAUCCAAAAGACCAAACUCUUCCUGGAGAGAGAGAGCAGCCGCCUGAUGGAGAGACAGGCAGCUCUGCAGUCAGCCCACACCAGCUCCUUCCAGGAGCCCAACAAGGAAGGAGGAUUAACUGAAGAGAUGAUAAGAACCCUCCAGCAGGAAGCCAGAAAUGUGGCAGAGCUGCAGCAGGCAGUUCAGAGAGGAAACUCGCUCCUGCGAAGGAAAGAGGAGCAGCUCCAGCAGCUCGAGAGCUCCAUGGCUGAAGAGCCUGUGUUUGAGGACAUGUCUCGGGUGGCAGGAGAAAGGAAGGUGACGUUUGAUGUCACAGAGUCUGAUCUCAGCAGCACUUUAGACCCUCCUGAGGGAACAGGUGGUCAUCCCACUGUCCCAGCCAAAGUGCAGGAGCUAGCGGAUUCCCUGCAGCAGAUCUCAGGCCAACUUAACACCGUCCUGAGUGCUUUGGGCUCAUUAGCGCAGAGACAGAGUUCUGCACCUUAUACACGCUUCUCUAUGCCUCCAGUUCAGCCUCACUCCACCCCAGCUCCCUCCUCCACCUCUGUUCCAGUCAUGCCCCACGUGCACACCUUGGGGGUCAGUUCCUUAACAACCCACCCCCCAGUGAGGCUCUCGGAGCCUUCAUGGAGCUGGCUGCCUCAAGGCAGCUCUGCAGCCACCCCCCUGUAUAGCACCCCCAUCAGCAGUGGGCUAAGGUCCGCUGAGGAUCUCCUCAACAGUCGCUAUAGUCAGAUAUUCCCAGGAGCAUCUGCGGAGCCAAUCGCCUCCAGCACCAUGAGGACUUCCUCUGCAUACUCAUCGUUCACUCCUGCUGGUGAACAUAGCCUGCGCUCCAUUGUGAAGUCAGCUGAGGUGGAUGGUCAGAGGCUGCAGGGACUGAUUGAUGGCAACAAGAGGUGGUUGGAGAUGCGCAAAAAAGACACCAGCAUUCCCCUGUUCACACGCUAUCAAGCUCCAUCAUCAUCCAGGAGUGGCCUGGUCCAGUUGGGCCUUGAUGAUGACAACCAGAUCAGAGUCUAUCAUUACUGAAGACAUGGCACACAGUCCAGUUCUUUUUGUACUGUGACUACGGACUAUGGAGCAUUUUUUUAUCACCACACCAGGUCAGUGUGACGUUUGCACGCAGGGCCUUGUGCAAGAGUCAGCUGCUCGCUUGAUCCUUUUCACUUUUCAGGGAAACUCCAGCCUCAUCUGCUGUAGCUGGAGGAAGGGACACACGUGUCACAGUGGACUUUAAUCCUCCACAUUGUGUAUGGCUGUGAGAAUCUUGUUUACAGAUAACUGCUCCAUUCCACACAUCGGUGAUUCCCUGUUUUAUUGUUUGGUUUACUGACUUCAUAAAACUGUUGUAAACCCAGAGAUUGAGUCCACUUUAUGGCGGGUUUCAAAUGUUUUUGUGCCACUGUUUGUAAAUGCCUUGGGUGUGAAUACGUAAUAUUCCAUUUUGUCUCUUUAGAAAAAGGAAUCACUGUCAUUGAAUCCAGUCCAUCUUAUUUCACUUAUGUCCAUACUUAAACUGAUGUUUACACAAAUAGUUGUGGCUACAGUAAAACUUUAACAAAU